UUUCAUUUGUGUUGACGUACUGCCAGCUGGUGCAUUUCAUUCCUGCACGUGUCUCAAAACAAAAUUUUUUGUAAAAUACGUAAAUAAAUUUACAAUAAAUCGUCGAAAAGUUAGCAGGAAAGUCGUCACAUCAAUAACAUUCACAUCUCCGUACAAUCAAACAAAGGCACAUCAUGGAGUACAUAGAGCCGUCAUCGCUACCCACAAAAACCACCAUGAUCCUGUGUUGUGAAUGUGGCGUUCCAAUUGAACCCAAUCCCUCAAAUAUGUGUGUGACAUGCCUACGCAAUCACGUCGACAUUACAGAGGGUAUACCCAAGCAGGCGGUGCUACAUUUCUGUCGCAACUGUGAACGUUAUCUCCAACCACCAGGCGAAUGGGUGACAGCAGCUUUGGAGUCGCGCGAAUUGUUGGCAUUGUGUCUUAAGAAAUUGAAAGGGUUAAAAGAAGUUAAACUCGUCGAUGCCGGCUUUGUCUGGACUGAGCCACAUUCUAAGCGCAUCAAAGUCAAGUUGACAGUACAUGGUGAACUUUCUGGAGGUACUGUACUGCAACAGGUUUUUAUAGUGGAAUUCACGGUGCAGAACCAAAUGUGCGAUGAUUGCCAUCGUACUGAAGCAAAAGAUUUUUGGCAUUGUUUAGUGCAGGUACGUCAACGCGCCGAGAAUAAGAAGACAUUCUAUUAUUUGGAGCAGCUGAUUUUGAAACACAAGGCACACGAAAAUACGCUGGGCAUAAAACCGCUGCACGGUGGCUUGGAUUUCUACUAUGCCAAUUUCAACCAUGCAAAGAAAAUGGUAGAUUUCUUGCAGUACAUGGUGCCAGUAAAGGUGAAUACCUCCAAGCGACUGAUUUCGCACGACAUCCACAGCAACAAUUAUAAUUACAAAUAUACCUGGUCAGUGGAGAUAGCACCGCUAUCGAAGGACAGCGCUGUUUGUUUAUCGAAGAAACUGCGCCAACAGUUGGGUAAUAUUUCGCCAGUUUGCUUGGUGUCUAAAGUUGCAACAGGUAUUCAUCUGAUCGAUCCAAUGACUGCACAAAUAUCGGAGUUGCCAGGGCAGUUAUUCUUCCGCAAUCCGUUCGAGGCGCUUUGUGAUCCAAAACAGUUGGUUGAGUACGUUGUUAUGGAUAUUGAGCCUAUUAUGGAAAAAGACAGAAAACACAGGCCAGGUCAGGGCCACAUUUCCUUCCGGCACGUGCUGUGUGACAUUUGGGUAGUGCGGUCGUCAGAGCUUGGCAUCAACGAUAAUACGAUACAUACACGUUCACACCUUGGCCAUUUGCUAAAGGUAGGCGAUUCUGUGAUGGGCUACAAUUUGGGUGAAGCAAACUUGAACAAUACUGAGUUUGAAAAAUUAUCUUCUGAUGAAAUACCGGAUGUUUUGUUAGUACGCAAAUGCUAUGCAGAUCGUCAGACUCGCGCCAACACUCGAAAUUGGAAAUUACGUCAUUUAGCUGAAGAAGCAACUGAUGAACGCAGCAAACACGACUUUAAUGAAUUUCUUGAAGAUUUGGAGGAAGAUGUUGAGUACCGUAAGCAGAUUAACAUCUAUCGUGAUGCUAAGAAAUCGCUGCCGGUGGAUAGCAAUGACACACAAGCUGCAAAUGAUAGUGUCCCGCAUAUUACGUUGGCGGAAAUGCUGGAAGAUCUGGUGUUGGAAUGCGAAGAUGAUGCAAUGGGUGAGGAAAAUGUUGAAGGUGACAAAAUCGGUGAGCAAUGAACAACCACUGCUCCUUUUUUUAAUUAUGUAUGGAAUUUUAACUGAAAAUUUUUAAAAGUUAUCAAGAAAAUAAACGAAAAUUAGAGAAUAAUGAAUUAGAAACUAAUUUUA